AUGAUUAGAUUUAUUAAGCGCAGCAUGGUAAGAGUUUUAGUCGCAGUGACUAAUGGUUCCGAAGAAAUUGAAUUGCUGACUCCUUUAGAUUUAUUAAGAAGAUGCCAAGCAGAAGUCGUCUUAGCUGCAUCAGGAAAUUCUCUUGAAGUAACUCUUGGAAAAGGCGUCAGAAUCAUUGCAGAUGAUCUGAUCUCAAAUGUAAGCAACCAAGAUUUUGAUAUGUAGUUAAUGCUAAAUAACUUAUUGAUAUUAAAAAUACAUAAUUUUUUUUCAUGCAUAAGUAUAGAUUUUGCUUAAUAAAACAAUUUUCGAAUUAAAUAAAAUUUCAUAUGAUUGUCGUACCUGGAGGCCCUGGGACUGGAAACUUAAGGGAUGAUCCGAUACUUAUAGAGAUGCUAGCUCUCCCUUCUCCUCGAGUGAAUAAAAACAUUUUGUUCGCUCAUGGAGAGGGGUUUAAUUUCUUUUUUUAAAAAAUUAUAUAUAUUUUUUUUUUCGAAAUUUAAAAAAUCCUAAUUCGAAUAAUUCAAAGCAAUUAUUAAUUUGUAAAAGGUUAUAUUUAAAGCAAGCUGUUUAAAUUUUAACAGAAUUAGCUAGAGAUUUCAUUAUAAUAAUUACCACUUAUAUAUCAAAAUUUUUUGUUCUCUCAUGGAGGGGAGUAAGAAGGCAAAAACAAAGCCAAAAAUGGUAUGCAGCAAUUUGUGCUGCCCCUGCUCUUGUAUUUGAAACCCAUGGUUUAUUAGAAGGAGAAGUUGGAACUUGCUAUCCAAGCUGUGAAAAACAGCUUCAUAAUAAGUCAAGGGUGCAUGAUAGAGUUGUGGUAAGCAAUAAGUGCAUUACAAGCAAAGGGCCUGGGACUGCUAUGGAGUUUGCACUUAAACUUGUUGAGGCCUUGUAUGGGCAAGAAAAAGCUGAUGAGCUCUCGCAUACAAUUGUCUUUCGGUAA